UUGUUCCCACGGAUCGAAGACAGAGGAACAGACGGCGUGCAAAAGGGAUCUGCGGACUGACAGCGUCUGAAGAAGGGGAGAGAGAGAGAGACAGAGAGAGAGAGAGAGAUUAUAAACUGCGUUUGGAUACGACACGAGUGCUGUUUUCCCCCACUGCCGUCCCGGAAGAGGACAGGAUGACCCAGCCCUGCGGAAAGGGGUACGGCGGCAUGGAGCUGCUGGACCUGCUCUUUGAUCAGAACGACGGAAUCCUGCGUCACGAGGAGCUCGGCUACCAUAGCAACCCCAGCUGGCCAAUCGCAGAGCACAGCGCCCUGAGUCCAGCCUGUUCUGCUGAUGACUUCCUGGACUCCCUGCUGUGCGCCAGCGACUCGGCCUCUGCCUCGCGCUCCCCGGUGUGGUCCCCCUCCCCCAGCGACAGCGGGAUCAGCGAGGACCCCCCCUCGGAUCAGCUCGACAGCCCCCCGCCCCCAGACAGCCCCCCCUUCGAGCCCCGCUUCUUCCAUGCUCAUCCUCACCCCCCGCGUCGGUCUCAGGACAGCGUGGAGCCCGACGUCUUCAUCGACCUGGAUGGCUGGGAAGCGGGAUUCUUCGCGGAGCGCAAGCCGUCCCUCCUGCCAGAGCACGCCGUCCCGCUGACCGUGAAAGACCUGCUGCUGUCCAGCACCGCUGACACUUCUCAGCAGGCCUCCCAGCCGUCCUAUCAGGAGCUGAUCCUCAACGAGGAUGAGAAGAAGCUGCUGGCCAAGGAGGGCGUGAAUCUGCCCAGCCAGCUGCCUCUGACCAAGCACGAGGAGAGGAUUCUGAAGAAGAUCCGCAGGAAGAUCCGGAACAAGCAGUCGGCCCAGGAGAGCAGGAAGAAGAGAAAGGAGUACAUCGACGGGCUGGAGGGCAGGAUGGCGACCUGCAGCGCGCAGAACCAGGAGCUGCAGAGGAAGGUGGCCCAGCUGGAGAAGAGCAACAUGUCUCUGCUGGAGCAGCUGCGUAGAUUGCAGUCGCUGGUCAUGAACAGUUGCAACAAAACAGCCCAGACAGGGACCUGCGUUCUGGUGCUGGUGCUCUCCUUCUCCCUGCUCCUGUUUCCCAGCCUACAGCCGUUCUCUCUCAGCAGACCCAGCGUGGAGGUCGACUUCAGCGCAGUCAGAGUCCAGUCGCGGUCACUGCGCUCUGUGGUGGAGGGUCAAAGGUCGGCGCUGCCCCCGUUCUCCGUGGACAGAGGGGUGGAGGCGGUGUCCUCACUGCUCUCCAAGCUGCAGCUGCGGCAGGGCCCGGGCCCCUACCCCGACCCCGACGCCGACCCCGUCCCGCACAACCACAGCCUGGAGGAGCGGGGCCAUCUCCACGGCGACCCCAUCACCGGCCACGUCGCCACGGUGACCUGGACCGCCCACCGGGGCUCUCCGCACGCCGACGGCAUGUAGCGGACCGCGCCGGGCGUCCAGGGCCCGAGAGGCCGCCUCCGGUUUCCACGGCGACCCCCCUCACCUUCAACAGGCGACGCCUGCCCCGACAGGAGGCCGCAGAUUACCCAUCAUGCCCCGCCGCGUUCCCGCGCCUCGUGAUGCUUAACUUGCACUGCUGUCCUCCACAGAGGACACACACGGCAGUGGCCAAACGUUGUUUGCUAUCCGGUUAUGUCGCACCUUCCUUGGCGGGACAUUCUGUUUAUUUUAUAUUGUGUAUCAGAUGUACCCAGAUAUUAGACUGACGUGCCCAUAACCUCAAAGAAGGACUUCUUUAUGUAAACAUGCUUAUGGAUGAGAAUAGGUGGAUACAUUCAUUGGCAGAUAUGCUCCUUUCAAAUGUUAUUUACGUCAAUUUCCAUAAGUGAAUGACUGGGCUCUAACAAAUAAUGCCUAUCCCCCCCCGCCUCCGCCCCCAACCCCCCCCCCAUUAUUCUUUCUUCGCUUGCCAUGACGAAAACGGAUAAAUUCAUUCUCUCAAGCAAGGACACACCUGUCUCCAUUUUGCUUAUGGCAAAACUAUUUGCGGGAGAGGAUACUUUUUUAUGUGUGAAUCUUGAUUGUAGGAAAUAGUACAUGAGUCAACUUAGUUAAAACAGGUAAAGCUAAGUUUUAUUUUGAUGUAGAUUCUUUGUAUUACUAUUAUCAUUUGAAAAAAUAAAUGUAAAUUGUAAACUAUGUAAAAUACAUUAAUUCUAUAAAUUAAUAAAGCUGUUAAAACA